AAGCUUAAGCACUCGGCAACAGAGUGCAGGUUACAUAGAUGCAUUUCUAAUAGAGGGAAGGUUGGGAGGAGAACUAUGAGGAGCCAGAUUUCUUAGUUUCAUUACUAUCUCCAUACCUGGCACACCAAAGGCAAACCGUUGGAUGUGCUUCUACCUUGUCACUGGGCUACUAUACAAUUCAAAUCACUAGAUGGAAUUUCUUAUGUUUCAAUUUUUUCUUAAACUUUAUUAUUUUAAAUUUUCGUAACGUUUCAUAACUAAUGAAUCCUUUUUGUACACUCGGUUUUUAACCACCAAAACUUAAGGAUGAUCAUUUUUAGGUAAUUUCUUCAAAGUUUGGUUUUAAAAGAGGUUAUUUCUAAUCAUUUCAAUGAAACGUAAUUUGCCAGCUACUUAAUUCAAACUAACAACUGGGAGUGAAUGUAUAGUAGUAUCCCGUCCACGGACCUAUGAUGAUGAAUACUUCUAAGUUCUACCAAAAUGGGAGAUGCUGGCGAGAUAAAGCAUGUAGAUUUAGACAUGUCCUGAUGGCAAAAAAAGAACCUAAGGAAAGAAGAACUAGAUCUCCUGAUAGAUCUGAUUAUCAAAAGAGCCAACUAGACCAGGAGUACAUCAGUUCCAGACUAAGGACUGGGUCUAAAGAUAGAAGAAGAAAAAUGGAAAAUCCUAAGCAAAAAACUGACUCAAGAAUGAGGCGUGAACAUUCGACAUUCCAGAACCUAAGGAAUGAAUCUAGACAUUAUAAUCAAGACAAGAAUGCAAAGAAGUACUCUGGUGAUCAAGGAAAUUCAAGAAGAGACAUAGAGGAAAAUCCAGAUCGUCAUCCUGAUGAAAGAGAUAUUGACGUACGAGAUAGGCCUCGUAAUAAAGUCAAGGAAGAACAAGUAAUUAAAACUGAUUAUUCAAAUUCUUCUAAAUCAAGGAAACCAGAACAUGGAAAAACCCGGAAACCUGGAUCAAUCUUUUGUGUAUGUAGUAUUCAAACAUACGAGAAUGGAAUGCUAUUAUGUAAAACCUGUGACAGGUUCUCUCACGCUGAAUGUUAUAGAACAGAUGAUUUAGCCAAAGAACACAUAUGUGGUGGAUGUGCAGUUAAAACUGGAGUAAACUGCUCAAAUCCAGAAAUUCAAAACUUCUUGUCUAAGCAGGAUCAAACUCAAGAAGAGAAAACAACGUUCGUUUUUGAUCUAGCUGUUAGAAGAGUCCUCAAUUUAAUUCUAUGAGAAGAGUUUAAACUAACCCAACCAGGAAUAGAACCGAGUGUAAGCUUCCUAAAAAUUAAAUUUGGAAUAUCAAGCUCCUACGCAAAUAAAAUCCUCGUUCACAUCUUUAAAUCCGGGUUCAUAACUCUGUUCGGUGGUUUCAAGAUGGAUGAAGAGAUGAUCAGGAAUUACACCAUGGGAACUCAUGAUGAUUCUGGGUUUAUCGAAAGUAAUGUUAAAUCAAAAGAAGACGAAGAUCAAGAUACAGAAGAAGAGAAAAAGAUUAAUAAAUCUAGUCAAGGAGAAAGCACUCAAAAGAUUAGUGAUCCUGAUACAGAUAAAACCGUUUAUUCGGAACAUGGGUACAGGAAGAAGUUCAUGUGGCCAGAAAGCUAUGUUAACAGGGAAUCAAGGAAGGAUUCAGAACCCUUGGAGCCUAUAGAACCAAUGGAUAUUGGUAAAAGAAGUGUACGACCGUUCUUUGGACAGAUAGUCAAGAAUCUUGGUCCUAGACUCAAUUCUAAUGAAAAGAAAAGCUGGAAUCUCUGUUUCAAGAUCGAAAGAAAAGGUGAAUCAGUUCAAGUUUGGUCAUUUGGAACAGAGCAAGAGAUUAAAAAUCUUAACAAAAAGAUUAAAAUCGAUUCGUAUAUGGUGUUCUGGGGGAACUACACAGUAAGUCCUAAAACCUCAAACAACCUCUAUCCUACUUCAGACUGGGUUGUUAAAAUUCCAGCAAAGCUUAACUGCUUAGAAACAGUGAAGCUUAUAGUUUCAAAAACUCAACUUUCGGCUUCAGGAGUUUCUUCAAUAGAUCCUACCAAGGAAAAAUUUUCCUCACAAUUUGAACAGGCAAAGAAGAUAUCUGCGAAGAAACGUAGAGAAGAGCAUUCCUAUGAAGAUAAAAAACGAAUCAAGUUGGAAAAAACUCAAAAAAGAUGACUGAGUAUUUUAAAGAUGAUACCGAACUUGACCUUCAUUACGAAUCUAGCGGAAGUUCAAGAACAGAACCACCUACAUCUUCUCCUAUUCCACUCAGAUCGUCAUCAAGAUCCCCACCAUCAUCAACACCUUCACCGAGAAUUUCUCCAACUUAUUCAGGAGACACACUUCCAGUGAACUCUUUUGAUGAUUCUGAAUAAUACCUAUUUAAAGCUUAGUUCGUAUUUUACUCUUAAUUUUAAAUGUAGUUUCGCAAGUUUUUUAAAAAAGUUUCUUUAAAGGACAUCCCCUUUAGAAGCAAUAGUGUCCAAUUUUUCAAUUUACUCAAGUAACUUAACUUCAUGUUUUUAUAAAACUUCAUUUAUUUACCUGCUUUUAUAUUCAGGAAAGAUCAAUUCAAACCAAUUAAUAUUGAGUUAAGUUAAAAGUCGAAAUAAAAUAAAUAAUAUACAGUAUACUUUUGUUUUAUCUAAUAGUAAUUUAAUUUCAGAAAACGUGAUUCAUUUUAUAGAGCUGAUAUAUGCUUUUAUAUCGGUUACCAAGUUCGGGAUAAGUUUUGAGCAGAAAAGCGACUUGAAGCAGUUAGAUUUAGAACUGAACGCUAUUUUCGAGGAAAUCACCGCUAAAUAUAUAAAUGGAGAACUAAUCCGGGUUAUAUCAUCAGUUUAGAGAUGAUGUCUCUAUACAUCUAACUGGGAGCUUCAAAGAAAUGAUGAAUGCCAUCAACACAAUCUGUACUGGGUAUCCCAAAGAGAUCAUCUUCAAUAUGGAAACCAAAAUUAUCCGAGGUAAAUUCUUGAAUAUCAGAGUUAUAAACUUUCCAAAACAGAUCAACCCAAUGACAUCAGUUUUGAGAAAACCAAAUAAUAAAUAUAAUAUAACUCCGCCAAAAUCAAAUGUUAGUUGGAAAUUUAAAAAAAUGGCGGGUGUCAGCUAUUUUCACACAGCAAGAACACAUUGUACUGAUAAAAAAGAGUUACAAAACCAAUUACAAAUAGUUCGUUGUAUACUUGAACUCAAAGGAUUCUCAAAAAAUCAAGUUAAAUGCAUGGAACUACACAAGAAAAAGGAUAAACCUCACCAAAGUAAAAAAUUCAUAUCAACAAUUAAGUACAAUGAGUGCUCAAAUAGGCAUGUACAUAUUAAAAAUUUUGUUAGAAAUAUUCCAAUAAACCUGGAAAAAUACUACAUGCCAAUGGAUAUCCCGGACUCUAAACUGGAACAAUUUGUUUUUACCAUAAAGAAAAUGCG